AUGGAAGAUUCCAUUUUGCUCACUUACAAAUCAGCCACUCUCAGAAAAUCAGAUAUUGACAACCUCCGCGACUGCUGAUGGCUUAACGACCAGUGCAUCAACUUCUAUUACGAGUACCUUGCUAACACUGUACAAGGUAUCGACAACGUCAAGCUGGUAGACCCAGCGUCAGCGGCGUUGCUGCUUUACACCGAUGACAUCGAAGACCUCUUCGACAUAUUCGAGCCUCUGGAACUCCCUGAUGCUGACCUGAUCUGAUGCCCAGUCAAUGACAACACAGACAAGUUCAAAGGAGCCGGAGGCAGCCACUGGACACUUCUGUUUUACUCAAAAGCACACCAUUCGUUUUUCUACUCAGACAGUGGAAGCACAGGUUGAGUGUUGUCAAAUAUACCAUCAGUGGCCACCAAGCUUCACUGGCUGAUCACCAACAACCGAGAAGGCACUUCUGAACAAGGAACCGACUUCGAAAUCAAUGUGGUGAAGAAUGCUCCGAAGCAAACGAACAGCUACGACUGCGGAGUAUAUGUGCUUGAAAUGACCAGACUGCUGAUUGAUAUGUAUUUGAGUGACGAGGGAAUAUCUUCUGUUGAGCUAGAAGAUUACAAAUUUGAUGAUCUCACAAGUUCAGAAAAUGUCAAUGAGCUUAGACAUACAAUUAGAGACACUAUCAGUGCAUUGAUUGGAGAGAGUUAGAGUCCACGAAUGUUUAAAGAUUCAAUAUGUGCA